AUGGCUUUACAACAAAAAGAUCAAGAUAUCGUUAAUGCUAUAAAACUUGUGGAUUUCUCAAAGAGACAAUUUCAAUUGAUGAGGGAAUGUAAAUGGAAUUCUUUGUUAGAAGAUGUCUCUUUAUUUUGUGAAAAGAAUGAUAUUGUGAUUCCUGAAAUGAAUGACAAAUAUGGUCUUGGAAAGUUGAAGCGCAAGAGCUCAAGUGUUACAUAUUCUCAUCAUUUGCGUGUGAAAGUUUUUUAUGGUGUUAUUGAUUUGCAACUUUCAGAUCUUAACAAUCGCUCUAGUGAAGUGAAUACUGAUCUACUUCUUGGAAUGGCUAGUUUGAGUCCUGUGAAUUAUUUUGAAAAUUAUGAUAAAGAUAAGAUCAUGAAGCUUGCUACAUAUUAUCCAAAUGAGUUCAGUGCCUCCAAGCUUGAAGAUCUUAGUUUUGAUCUUGAGAAUUAUAUCUACUAUGUAAGAGAAGUGGAUAAUGCUUUCUCAAAUUUGAAAGGACUUGGAGAUCUUUCGAUGAAAUUAGUUGAAACAAUUAUGCACAAUACAUGGGGACUUAUUUAUUUGCUUGUGAAAUUAAGCUUGAUAUUACCCAUGGCUACUGCAAUAGUGGAAAGAGCUUUUUCCUCCAUGAAGUUUAUCAAAACUGAUUUGCGAAGCAGAAUUGGUGAUGAUUUCUUGAAUGAUUGUUCAGUUUGUUAUAUAAAGGAUGAAGUAUUUGACAGUGUACAUAAUGAUGCGAUCGUUGAUCAUUUUCAAAACAUGACAACUCGUCGAAUGCAAUUGUAA